AUGGAUAUCUCCGAGUUGAUAGAAUCUGCACUUCUUCACCUCCUUCAGAAAGACACCAUCGUCACUUCAACAUAUCCAUAUCUCUAUCGAAAGUGGUUGUCUGACGUUACAAGCAUUGACAUCGGGACAACAGCAACGACACAUGCGUCACCAUCACCAGAUGGCCAUUAUAUCGCCGGCUUGACCCCCGAUCAUCUCUAUGUUUACUAUACUGCGACUCUAACCAUCGCUUCUUCGUUCCCGCUUGACAACUCGAAUGCCCCAACGACACGAUCGACCGAAACACCCGCACUUCAUUGGACUCCAUGUUCGCUAUCCAUCCUUCUCCAGACCAGCAGCUAUGUCUCGCUCUUCAGUCUGGCGAACACAGCUAGCAGGGUCAGAAUCGCCAACGGAAGCGCUAGCUUGGGUAGAAUUGCUAGUGCGGAUGUUUUUGGUGAGAACAUCAUUGUAGUCUGGGAGUUUGGUAGGGUUGGAAUCUUGGAGGUGGCAAGAGGUCGGGUCACGGAGAUUGGCGAGUUGAAGACCGGUCUUGGUAGCCUAAAGUCUGCAUGGGGGAUCCGAAGGCUCAGGGGCAAAGUUGAAGGUAUGUUUGGUUUACUGAUUGCUAAAGCACAACUAACAAAUGCAGUUCUUGCCAUGUUGUGUCGUAGUUCGGCAAUGGACACGUUGUCCUUUAUGCUAGCUUCGUCAGCUGCACCUUUCACAACAAUGAAUACACCUACCACCGAUGCUCAGUCACUAGCUUGGAGUCCGUCAGGUAAAUGGUUGAGCGUACUAGACACACCACUGAGUGCACCAAACUCCGCCGUACACCUCUAUACUGCAGACGGCAACUUCUAUCGCAGUUAUCCCCCUGCAACCUCGGAGCCCAUCGAAGAGACUUACACACUAGGUCCUCUACGACAAGUAUGGGGGCCCAAUCACCUUGCUCUUGCCAAUGCGGACGGCAGCAUCACUCUUCUCUCCACGAUCACUUUCUCUCCAGUAUAUACUCUGGAGCCAUGGACGGUGGUUGAAGACGACAUCUCAGCCGUAUACCGCGAGCAAGUAAACGGCAAAGGUGAUCGCAACUGGGCUUAUCUGGGCAGUGGUGACGACACUACACAUCAACUCCUAGCAUCUUACUCGCCAACCAUCGAGAUGAAGUUUGACGCAACCGGCAAAUUCCUCGCUUGCCGACUUGAAGCAUUCCCAGAAACUGUCCUUGUUUGGAAAAUUCCUUCUUCCAAGCCCAUAUUCGCUUCUACCGCUCAGGACACUGAGUCAGAAGCAGAAACCAACGAAGAUCAAAACACCUCGAUGCUGGUGUUUCACCAUCACACCAACAUCAAGAAACUCCAGUGGCACCCUACGAUCUCUGGACUGUUGCUCAGCCACACAGAAGACAACCAAAUCUAUCUCUCCUCCACCACGGGCGAAACAAAUGCACCCCUUCACCUCUCUCAUCCUUUCUCUGGUCCCAAAGAAUCUCCAUCAACUUCUUCUACUUCACCUAUGGAUCUCGUAAAUGUGCAUUGGGUAACCUCCACUACUGUUCUUAUCACCACCAAGAAACGUGGUUGGGUCAUUGCGUACCCUUUUGGUGCUCCUUCUGCCCCUUCUUCGCCAGUACACACGCAGUUUUCGGAUACAAGGGAAAGAACAAGAGAUCAUGAGACGCAGGAAGAAGUCAGUGAGGAUUCUUUGUAUGAUAUUCUUAGUGGAAGGACGCCAUUGCCUGCAUUGAGGAUCUCUGAUGAUUAUUUGCCGGAGGACUCUGAGGCGGAAGGAUAUGAGGAAGGUAAUGAUGGACUGGAUGACACGUUCAGAGGCAAAGGGACUGCAGGAACAAUAGGAAGUUUUGAGUACUAA